AUGCGAAUAUCACAUCGUCUGUUAGCCACUGCCACAUCCGCUGGAGUAGGCAAAGCGCUCAAACCUAUUCCGCUCGCUUUACUUCCGCCUAUACCUUUAUAUCGUCGUCUGCUCCGUGCACAUCGGAAAUGUCUACCGCGGGAGAUGCGAUUGUUGGGAGAUGAGUAUAUUAAAAGCGAGUUUAGAGCUCAUAGGGAUGUGGAGAAUCCGGCGCAUAUUAUUGGCUUCUUGACGGAGUGGCAAUUGUACGCACAGAAAUUGGAAGGAGAUGACUGGCUAGGAGACAGAAUGGAGAUUGGGAAGAUUGAUAAAAUGAGUGAUCAACAACUCGGUCAAAUGUACGAACUCAUGCAAGCAAUCCGCAAAAAAGAGCUGGGCGAAGACGACGAGUCUGGAAACCCGGUAUGA